CGCCCUGAAGACAUUCCAAAUCAGAACGCUAUUAUGAGAGCUGGUCGAUCAGUACAGUGAAACUUUUAAGUGAUUUACUUUGCAAGUUGUGCUGUAGAACCUGUAAUCACAGUGUCAGCGCUGUAAUUGCGAUCUGCAACUGUUGGAAAACAGCCCGUAAAAAAGCCUUUCGUCAAGUACAAUACGAAGCAGUGGGACGCUUAAUUCGGUUGCUUUGACGUCGUUGUAAAUUAGAAGAAGCAUCAACAAAAAAUCUGUGAUGGAAAUAUUAGACAGUGGAGAGCCGCUCUUGCACUGGGAUCGGAACCUAUGCGAGAUGUCGGAUGGGGAGGAUCAGGAAAACACCCUGUAUGCCACGCACUUCAGCGAAUUACUGGAUGACUUCUCUCAGGAUGCCAUCCUCGGACAGCUUCUCAGUGACCCUUUCCUGUCCGACAGAAGUGAAGCAAUGGAUACAGAAGAAGAUUUAGCAGAAUCUCCCGUACCCCCCCACAUCAAGACUGAACACAGUUACUCACUGUGUGGAGACUCCCGCCCACAGUCUCCUCUCACACACCUCGCCGGUGAAGAGGCCACUGAUGGAGAAGAAGACAGUGUGGGGGCAUCAUGGCCAAUGGAAAGCACCAACAAGGCACUGAAGAUGGAGCCUCUGCUGUGUGAAACACCCAGUCUCCUUCCCACUCUCACUUUAAAUCUUGCUGAAGAGGCAAUGCCUAGUAAAAUGCAGGCUUCCACUUUUAGUGUGCCUAUUCUUAUCACCCCACCUGCCCAGAUAAAAGAUGACAGUGAUAACACAAUUCCAGAGAUAAAACUAGAGCCCCAUGAAGUUGACCAGUUCUUGAAUAUUUCACCCAAAGGGCUGGAACCUCUGCAGUUGCCUCCUACACCUCCCAGUUCUCAUGGAAGUGAUUCAGAAGGAAGCCAGAGCCCAACUCGAUCCUGCGCCACCCCCAGCCCAACAACCCCAGUCCAGUCAGUCCUCAAGGUGGCUUCCCGGACUCCUUCAUCGCUUGCAAAUUCUCCUCUUCUCACAGCAGCUCACAAAUUACAAGGAACUGGACCAUUAAUGCUCACAGAGGAAGAGAAGCGAACACUGAUUGCAGAAGGUUACCCAGUACCUAACAAACUGCCUUUGACAAAAGCUGAGGAGAAGGCCUUAAAGAAAAUUCGACGAAAAAUCAAGAACAAGAUCUCUGCACAGGAAAGCCGAAGAAAAAAGAAAGAAUAUAUGGAUACACUGGAAAAAAAGGUAGAGACAUGUUCCAAUGAAAACACUGAAUUGAGGCGGAAAGUGGAGACUCUGGAGAGCACAAACAGAUCUCUGCUGCAGCAGCUCCAGUGCUUACAGGCUGUAGUGGCCGGGAAAGUCCCUCGAUCCUGUCGUAUUGCCAGCACCCAGACGAGCACUUGUCUUAUGGUGGUCGUGCUAUGCUUUGCAGUGUUCCUUGGAGGGUUCUCGCAGAGUUUUGGGCCCUACUCUUCCAUCACAAUGGCAGACCUUCCCAGCCAGACACCAGCACAGGAGUCUUAUACAGCUACAGUGAGGUCAAGAAGCUUAUUAGGCUUUAAAGAGCACAGCGGAUUUGAUGAGCCACACCCUUCCAUACUGUCCACGGAAUAUUCAGAAGCAUGGGACAGACAGAAAGACCUGGAAUCACAGCAAUUUGUGCCAUCUCAAAAGAGUGAUGUAUAUACAGAAGACAGACAGACAGAGUAUCUCAACUACAACAAUACGCAGACCGAGAAAUCAAUACUCAUAGACUUGCAUUCACACAGAUCACAUAUGGAAUUAAGGACAAAUGAAAGCAGAAAAGUGAUUGAAAUUGAGAGGAUGGUCAACAAAACAUCGUGAACCUGAAGUCCUUCUUUCACCAGACACCCAUCAACCCCUUGGCCCCUGCACAGUGCAGGAUAAAUCAUAUUUAGUAUUUAUAUAUUCUUAUAUGUCUUUGUUUUAUGUUAUGUAGUUUUAUUUGUAUUUUGUUGCAGCUCGGUUGUAAGCUUUGUUAAUACUGUAUUUUCUCUUGAAUUUUUUUUUUGUUUUUGUUUUUAUUUUGAUAUUUUGUUACUUUUACAAUGAGUUCCAGAGGGCUGAAAACUUCAAUAUUCAAACAUUCAUUUCAUGGCUGGGUGAACAAACUGUAUGUAUGUAUGUAUGUACGCAUAUAUACUGUAUGUACACACCCACCGAAUACACUGAAUAUUCUGAAAACUCUCCAGAUCCUAAUUUUUCUCCGUGAAUCUUGGGGUCUUUUUUAGAUUGCCCACAGCUGCUUUGGACUCAUGUGCAUUGUAUUUAUGAAUCUGAACUUGCACUGUAGGUAAAAUGGUUUCUUACCAUAAUUUUGUAGCACUGCAAAAUGAAAAAUAUUGUUGUUUUCCUUGUAAACUUGUUCACAAUCAGUACCAAUCUUGUAAGACACAUUGUUUUUUUGUGAAGUAAAAUUUGACUUUGUUUGUGAAGUUAACCAAAAUGUUAAGCUUUUUUUCAGAAUAAAUAUUUUCCUUAGUAAAAGCA